CAUUAGCGUCUUGUAAUCCGAACUGACUUCGGAGAUAGUUUUAAUAUGAUUUUUGAGUGACAAGCUGGCCCGACGCUUUACUUCCAAAAUUUAAUAGCAAGCGAGGUACUUUCAGAAUCUACAAAUCAAAAUGAGUUUAAAGAAAAAAGUGUGUGGUUUAUGGUGCAAGCACAAGCCAUCGGCAAAUCAGAAAUCAUUGGCCAUAGCCUUCGUACCAUCAGCCGCCACCUUUGGGCUGGCUGCAGCUUUGGCUGUUGUUUAUUAUACGGAUUGGAAAGUAAUUGCCGGAUGGAUUCCCCUAUACAAUACCAAGUUUCCUAAGCCCGAAGACCCAAAGAAAAAGAAGAAAUAGGAAAUGCAUCACUUAUUUUUAGUCUCUAUGGCUGAACAAAAUCGUACUCUCAAAGAUCGUGCUUUUUACGGAAAAUUAUUCAAAUAAACUGACUGGUAUUCAAUGUUUUCUAUGUA